AUGCCACGACGUUUGGCCUUAGAACCUUGCCUUAAUGAUGUAGGUAAUGUAUCUCAGGCUUUAUCUUCACUCGGAUUUCAGGUGCAUUUUGUGAAAGAUCUUAGCUAUAAAUCGAUGAAAUCCAUGACUGAUCAAUUUGUCAAUUCGAUUCAACCAGAUGUUAUUGUUAUACUCUAUUUCUCUGGCCAUGCUUGUCAAUUUAAUGAUAACAAUUAUUUAAUUCCAAUGAAUGCUGAUGAAAUUUGGACUGGCAAUGUCAAUUCGACUGCAAUUGAUGCUCAAAAUCUUAUUAGUGCGAUGGAUAGCAAACAUCCAAGACUCAUAAUGCGUAUCCUCGGAUGA